CUUUUUUUUUAUUGUCCUUACAUUCCAAACCAACCAAGAAACCCCCUCUCUUUCUAGAUACUCGUAGAAUGAACGCUUUCCGUACCACUACUCGAUUGGCAUUUGCCCGCCCUACUUUCCAGACUCGCAUAGCAGCUCCCAUGUCUGUCCGCUGGUUGUCUGACUCAUUGCGCCAGAAAUUAAACGAGGAUGUCAAAUCUAGUGAUAUCGUCUUGUUUAUGAAGGGUACUCCUGAUCAGCCCAUGUGUGGAUUCAGCAGAGCUACUGUUCAGAUCCUUCAGGUCCAGGGUGUUGAUUUUGACAAGCACGUCAAGGCCUUUAAUGUGCUGGCUGAUGAUGAUCUUAGAGAAGGUAUCAAGGAAUACUCUGAGUGGCCCACUAUUCCCCAGGUCUAUGUCAAGGGAGAGUUUGUUGGCGGUUGUGACAUUAUGUUGAACAUGCACCAGUCAGGCGACCUUGAAGAUCUUUUGGUCAAGGAAAACAUUGUACCAGCCGAGCCAGAAGCCACCAAGGACUAGACGCACAACUUCUUUUAUCUGUAUAAAAAUAAAAAUAAAUAUAAUAUAAUACAAUACAAUUUUUUAUUUAUUUAUUUAUUUAGAAAUGAAAAAUCUGCUUUUUUGUUUGUAUUUGUUAUCUUUGUAAGGUUGGAUUACCUAAAAGAGAAAAACAGGAAUAAAAAAAAAAUUAUAAGAUU